AUCGUCCUCGAGGCGGUCAUUUUGGCCUCUCCCAUCAGUUCACCGAGUCAGAGGCUUCAGAGUGCUGAGUCGCAACCAAGAAGGCGCCAGAGGAGUCGUCCCCCCAGCACAGAGACGGGUCCGAGGCUUGGCAUCGGCGCAGCGCGGGGUGACCCGCCACAGACCGGGAUCGGGGCCUCAGUGCCACGCAGACUCCGCUCCGCUCACAGAGCCCUACGGUGGCGGACGCGCUGGGGCGCCAGGCUCAGGGUAUGAACUUUGAGGACGUGGCCAUUGACUUCUCCCAAGAGGAGUGGGUGCUCCUUGAUGAGGCUCAAAGACUCCUGUACUGUGAUGUGAUGCUGGAGAACUUUGCACUUGUAGCAUCCAUGGGUUGUUGGCAUAAAAUGGAAGAUGAGGAGGCCCCUUCUGAGCAGAGUGUAUCUGUAGAAGGAGAGUCACAGGUCAGGGCUUCUAAGAUAUCCUCAAUCAUCCAGAAGAUCCAUCCCUGUGAGAUGUGUGUCUCAGUCUUGAAAGAUAUUUUGCACCAAUCUGAGCACCAAACAAUAUACCCUUCGCAGAAACCAUACUUGGGUGACACAUGUGUGAGAUACUUCUGUUUCAGUGCAAACCUUCACCAGCAGCAGAGACAUGCCAGUAGAGAGAAGCCCUGGAAAAGAGAUAUGGAUGGGGCCUCGUGUGUGACCAGCUGCAGCUUCUAUGUGUCAGGGGAGCCUUUCACCUGUAGGGAGGUUGGGGAGGACUUCCCAGCCACCUCAGGUCUUACCCAGCACCAGGCCACUCCUAACAAUGAGGAGGCACACAGUUAUAGUGAGAGUGGGCAGGCCUUUCACAGUGGAAAAACUCAUUACGAGUGGGGUGAAUAUGAAAAAGCUGCCAGCCACAACCAUAAACUUGUUCAGAAUCAGAGUGUCUGCUCUAAAGAAGGGCUUUAUGAGUAUGAGUGUAGCACAUGUAGGAAAGCCUUCAGCUGCAACUACAGACUUAUUCACCAGAAAAUUCACAUUGGCGAAAAGCCAUAUGAGUGUGGUGAAUGUGGGAUAUUCUUGAGCCAAAUUUCUGGACUUAUUAAACACCAGAGAAUUCACCGUAGUACAAAGCCUUAUGGAUGCAGAGAAUGUGGAAAGUUAUUUACCCAUAACUUCAGUCUUAUAAAACACCAGAGAAUUCAUACUGCAGACAGGACUUACCAAUGCAUUGAAUGUGGAAAAGUUUUUAUCCACAAAUCCAAACUCAUUAACCACCGAAGACAGCACACUGGAGGAAUGCAUUAUGAGUGUGGCGAAUGUGGAAAAUCCUUUAGCUACAAAUCCAACCUCAUUGAACACCGGAGAGUUCAUUCUAGAGAAAGGCCUUAUGAGUGCAGUGAAUGCAGGAAGUCCUUUAGACAAAGCUCUAGCCUUUUCCGACACCAGAGAGUUCACACUGGAGAAAAGCCGUAUGAGUGCAGCGAAUGUGGGAAAACCUUUAGACAAAUCUUUAACCUCAUUCGACAUGGGAGAGUUCACACUAGAGAAAUGCCUUAUGACUGCAGUGAUUGUGGGAAAUCUUUUAGCUGCAAAUCUGAACUCAUUCAACACCAGAGAAUUCACAGUGGGGAAAGACCUUAUGAGUGCAGCGAAUGUGGGAAGUCCUUUAGACAGUUCUCUAACCUCAUACGACACCGGAGUGUUCAUACUGGAGAAAGGCCAUAUGAGUGCAAUGUUUGUGGGAAAUGUUUUAGCCGCAAAUUUAUCCUCAUUCAACAUCAGAGAGUUCACACUGGAGAAAGACCUUAUGAGUGCAAUGAAUGUGGAAAAUCUUUUACUCGUAAAUCUGACCUCAUGCAACACCAGAGAAUUCAUACCGGCACAAGACCUUAUGAGUGCAGUGAAUGUGGGAAAUCCUUUAGACAACGCUCCGGCCUUAUUCAACACCGUCGAGUUCAUUCUGGAGAAAAGCCUUUUGAGUGUGGUGCAUGUGGGAAGUCCUUUAGCCAAAGUGCUAGCCUCAUUCAGCACCAGAGAGUUCACACUGGAGAAAAGCCAUAUGAGUGUAAUGAGUGUGGGAAGUCCUUCAGCCAAAGCUCUAGCCUCAUUCAACACCAGAGAGGUCACACUGGUGAAAGGCCUUAUGAAUGCAAUGAAUGUGGGAAACUCUUUACCCACAAAUCUGAUCUCAUUCAACACCAGAGAGUUCACACUGGAGAAAGACCUUAUGAGUGCAGUGAAUGUGGGAAAUCCUUUAGACAACGCUCUGGCCUUAUUCAACACCUUCGAGUUCAUUCUGGAGAAAAGCCUUUUGAGUGUGGCGAAUGUGGAAAGUCCUUUAGCCAAAGUGCUAGCCUCGUUCAACACCAGCGAGUUCACACUGGAGAAAAGCCGUAUGAGUGUAGUGAGUGUGGGAAGUCCUUCAGCCAAAGCUCUAGCCUCAUUCAACACCAGAGAGGUCACACUGGUGAAAGGCCUUAUGAAUGCAAUGAAUGUGGGAAACUCUUUACCCACAAAUCUGAUCUCAUUCAACACCAGAGAGUUCACACUGGAGAAAGACCUUAUGAGUGUAGUGAGUGUGGGAAAUCUUUUAGUCGCAAAUCUAACCUCCUUAGACACUGGAGAGUUCACACUGGAGAAAAGCCUUAAAUGUGCUGGGAAUGUUGUACUUCCUCAGUAUAACAACACUGGAGGGAACUCUGUAAGAGCCAUUUAUCUGAAUUUAAACCUCUUAUCCGAACAUACACUGUGCUAGAUUCCUCAUAAGUUUCAGGUACAUACAAGAUUUUAAGGAACUGCAUUGCACUUUGUAACCUGCCCAGGACUAUUACCAGAUUUCUAUUACUGCCAGUUUCUGUUAAAGCCCUGAAGCCAUUUUACCUCUACCACCUAGCCGACCUGCACAGUAUGCACCAGUCACAACGCCAAUGUGCUCAAGAAAGCUGACCUCUGCAUUCUCCCUUUUGCUUGAGGAAAUUAUGACUGCCCCAAGCCCUUGGCAGGAUCCUCAUUCCUUUCUUUCUGACUUAGGAAAUGGACCUGACAUAGAUUUGGUCCAGAGCACCCAAUCUCAGCUAAAAAGAACUACCUCUUUCAGGGACAUUGUUCUCACAUUAUACUUGUGAUAAAAUUUUCCAGGUUCUAAUUCACCAACCUGGAAACUGCUUGCUGUACAUUGCCCCAAUUUAAGAUCUGUUUGCAAAGGUCUUUUUAUUUUUGUACCUUUAAUUUUGGUGGUUCUAUUCAGUGCACAGGGUUAUUUGAAAGCAGAACUGUGAUCUAUCAGUAUGUAGAGGUGAACAGGUUUUGUGGGGAUCCCAAACUUUCUGUGCUUCGGAAGGGACAUUAUGAUGGCAGAAAAAUCGCUCUUUGUCCAAUACUGAUUAUUUUGCAUUGCUGCCUAAGGCUUUGGAAGAAAGACUGCAUAGCUUUGUAGUCCUAAUUUACAGCCUGGUGCCACAAUUAUUUUGUGUGGUCAGAGGUCACUCUGAAGAAGAGACCUUUAUUGUGCUUCUGUAGAGACUAUGAAUUUUAUUUCUUUGUUCACAGUAUAUGUUACCAUGUUUCCCCGAAAAUAAGACCUAGCUGACCAAUCAGUUCUAAUGCAUCUUUUUCUGCAUC